GUGGAGGUGUAUCUGCCCUCACCUCAGUGGAGGUGGAUGCACGUUUGCAUAUUUGCAUCAGACCUCAGUGGAAGUGGAUGCAUGUUUAACUAGUUGAAUCAGACCUCAGUGGAGGUGGAUGUUUAUCUGCUCUCACCUCAGUGGAGGUGGAUGCAUGUUUGCAUAUUUAUAUCUAGACCUCAGUGGAGGUGGAUGUGUAUCUUCUACCACGUCAGUGGAGGUGGAUGCAUGCUUGCAUAUUUGCAUCAGAUCUCAGUGGAAGUGGAUGUGUAUCUGCUCUCACCUCAGUGGAGGUGGAUGUAUGUUUGCAUAUUUAUAUCUAGACCUCAGUGGAGAUGGAUACAUGUUUUCAUAUUUGCAUCAGACCUCAGUGGAGGUGGAUGCACGUUUGUAUAUUUACAUCAGACCUCAGUGGAGGUGGAUGCAUGUUUCCAUCUCCUCCUUCUCUUCCUCCUCCUCCUGCAGGUGUCCGGUAGCUCAGGGAAGCUCUACACUUGCUACGCCUCCUGCCAUUUCUGCUCCUGCCCGGCCUUCACCUUCUCCGUCCUCCGGAAGGGAGAGCGCCUGGUGUGCAAACACAUCCUGGCCAUCUACCUCAGCCGGGCCCUCGGUGCUUGCACGGAGCUGACCGUCCAGGAGCAACAACUGAGCAAACUCUUGCUGCCCCAAGAAGAGGCCGGGAAGGAGGGCCACCCGUGAUCGGCCUCCACAGGUUAUGGGCCCGGGUCCAGGAGCAACCAGUCAAGAACGAGAGACAUAACAUCCCUUCUCCUGCACCGGGAAUUCUCACCGCCGGCCACUCUUUUAUUACAAAACAACAGAUACGGAGCGACAAUUUAGCACGAGACCAUCCUCACGAUUUCCCGUUGGUCUGUUUGCAUCCGACCUCAGUGGAGGUGGAUGUAUGUUUACACAGCACCAAGCGAACCGGUGACGACAAGACUUGAAUCAAGACCAAAUAAGUAAACACAAGGAGGGGUGUGAGGGCCAAAAUAAACAAAACUGAAAUCCAA